AUGGCUCUCAUUCAGAUGGCAUUCAUCUGGGUGGCCUACGCCGUUGCGGUCGCCCUCGUGGCGCUCAUCGCUGCCAUCUUCACCUACACCUACCAAACCCCAAGGGAUCGCUCUGCGCUCAUCUCAACCGUCACUAUCAUCACUUUGACCUCCUUGCUGGCAACAGUUCUCCUCCUCCCAGUCGAUAUCGCGCUCGUCAGCCACACAACGUCCACCAAACUCGGGGCCAAGAAGGAUUGGGCAACCCCCGAAGCUGUACACAACAUUCUGUACACGCUCAAGAUUGUGUACUAUAGCCUUUACAGUCUCGAUGCUAUCCUGUGCUUGCUAGUGGUCCCCUUUACAUACUUUCUCUACGAGGAGUAUGACGACGUCGAUGCGGAGGAAGGUAUGCAAACUUUUAGCCAGAGAUUUUGGGGCGCCUUGAAGUAUACCCUAAUCUUUUUCGCCCUCGUCGUAAUCCUGUUCCUCGUUGGAUUUUUCGUACCCGUCGCAAAGGACCGCAAAGGAGCACAUUACGACCUCGAUUACUUCCAACGCCUUUUAGUGGAGAACCACGGGGAGCGAGCAUUAACCUUUGCAUUGGGACUGCUCAUAUCAUUGGGGACUCUGGUCUACGUCUUGUACACUGCCGCUGGGUUUGCACUUUUGCCAAUUUCGUUCAUCAAAUCCGCUCCCUCGAUCAGUGCGCCACAACUAUCGGAGACCACAGCAACAGCUCUGGAGCAGAACAGAGAACGGCAGCGCCAACUCGAAGGUCGCCAUGUAGGCCGUGGUGGUGAGAUGCCGGCCAAAGAUCAAAGAGAACUCGAGGCACUGGCUCGUGAAGAACGUACAUUGGUCCGCCGGGAACGCCUUGCCGCUGAAGCUCAGGGUGAAGGGAAAAGCUUUAUUGUCAAAUGUUGGACCAAAGUCUGCGCAGUAUUCCGCCCCUUGAAGCUCAUCGGUGGAAUCCUGCUUCUGGUUCUCGCCAUCGUCAUCUGGGUGUCUAUGUUGAUCACGGGAAUCGACAAGGCCAAGAACUCAAUCUGCAAACGGCACUGUGGCUACAUUCUCGGAAGUAUCAAUGUCUUCCAGCCCAUGAACUGGAUUUUUGUCCAAGCAUCGAAGGUCUUCCCGGUUGAUUAUGUUCUCAUGCUCUUGCUGGUUCUCUUCUUCUUCAGCAGCUCAGUUGCAGGCAUUGCCUCGAUCGGUAUCCGCUUCCUCUGGGUCAGACUCUUUGAGAUCCGAAAGGGGCACAGCUCUCCUCAGGCCAUGCUGGUCGCCACAGUGAUGUUGACAUUAAUCAUGUUGGCAAUCAACUAUUCAAUCACCAUGAUGGUCGCUCCUCAAUACGCCAUCUACGGCGCCCAGACCUUCUGCAGCAACCCCACCCGGUUCCCAGAUCAGCAACCCGACUGCUCUAGACACCCAGAACUUGUCAAGCCUUGCUCUGAACUGUCAUCUGGCGAAGGAUCCAAGAAUGUGUGCACGCCUACCGUAGUCACGACCUUCCUCAAUAGAGUGACCAUCAACUUCUCGUUCUUUGGUGCUUUAACUUUCUGGGCGCAGUUCGCCUUUCUCGCUGUCUUCUUGGUUGUAUUCAUCACGUCGCUUUUCCGCACUCCAAAGCUUAAUUUGAGCGAACUGGACGAAGACGCCGAAGCAGACGAGGAGGAAGGUCUACUUGCCAGCACUGGCAGACGAUUCGGUGCCACAUGGCAGGAUAUCCGUGGCAAGACGAAGAAGCCAAGAUCCGGUGCCGCGGGGCGCGGGAUCCACGGUGAUGAUGCCGGUGGCGAUGACUGA